AUGCAUUUGCUUUGCUUAUUUGCUCCAUUCAAUUUCAAUUGGCCAGCUUUUUGGGUUGCUGUGGCACUUUAUGUUGUUACUGGACUUUUUGGUAUCACUCUCUCUUUUCAUAGGAAUCUUUCUCAUAAGAGCUUUAAGCUUCCUAAAUGGCUUGAAUAUUUCUGUGCUUAUUGUGGAGUUCUUGCUCUCCAGGGAAAUCCAAUUGAUUGGGUGAGUACUCAUAGGUAUCACCACCAAUUUUGUGAUUCUGAUAAGGACCCUCAUAGCCCAAUUGAAGGAUUUUGGUUUAGUCAUAUGAGUUGGCUAUUUGAUACCAAAUCUAUUGUAGAAAGAUGUGGAGAUCCAACCAAUGUUGGUGAUUUAGAGAAACAAUCUUUUUAUAGAUUUAUAAGAAGCACUUACAUUGUGCAUCCAUUUGCUUUGGGAGCUUUUCUAUAUGCAAUUGGUGGAUUUCCUUUCCUUGUUUGGGGAAUGGGUGUGAGAAGUGUUUGGGUUUACCACAUUACUUGGUUUGUAAACUCGGCUUGCCAUGUUUGGGGGAGUCAGUCUUGGAACACAAGGGACCUAUCUAGAAAUAAUUGGUGGGUGGCUUUGCUUGCAUUUGGUGAAGGAUGGCACAAUAACCACCAUGCAUUUGAGUAUUCAGCUAGACAUGGUUUAGAGUGGUGGGAAAUAGACAUGACUUGGUACUUGGUCAAAUUUCUACAAGCUAUUGGUUUGGCAACUGAGGUUAAAGUACCAAGUGAAAGUCAAAAGCAGAGAAUGGCAUUGAACAAUAACGAUGUGGUAGCCACAUGA